AUGGGGAAGUCGGGCAAAGAGGAGGCGAAAUCCCUCCUCCACAGAUUGUACCUUUUGGCGAAAAUCUCCCCAGACCUGGCUGACAAGAGGCACCUGGCAGUUUACUAUCAAAGCUUAUUCCAGAAACUUCAGCGUUUGAACCCAGGAGAAGGAAUUACAGGACACCUCAUGCUGUACUCUGAUUGCGCUGUUCAUGCCAUAGAGUCCUCCAGUGAGGUGCUGUACUCAGUGCUUCGGGAUGCGCAAGACAUGAAGCAAGGAGACAGAGUUUUACUUCUGGAGUCAAAAAUCCUGGUGAUAUCACACAACAUUCCCAGCAGACUGUUCCAGCAGUGGGAAUACCAUCAGGUUCCAACCAUAACCACACAGCGACUGGAUGACGCUUUGCAGAAGGAACCAACGGAGAAAGUCAUCAGUGAGUGCCUCAGCCUGCUCCUGAGGCUUGGUGUGCACAUGAGGGAUGCCCACAAGAGCAAAGAGCAGACACAGACAGUCUCCAACCAUCUAAGCCAAUGCGUAGGCAAUGUUCCAGAAGGUCUGGAUGGACUCCUGGAGGACAUUCCUGAACUGAUUGUCCCCCUGGAUGUGAUCGAUCGGCUCUUGAAAUGUAACGAGCUUUUAACCCCAGCUCAAUUCCUGGAGAUGUAUGAUUCUCCUUUAAACAUAAUUAUGGAUUCAGAAUUGGUAUGGCCCUCACCACAGCAUAUCCUGCCCAUCAUCAGAAAAUAACAUUGGAUGUGAAGUGCAAUCAUAACAGCUCCUUGUUUGAAGGCAACGUGCGAAUUGGGUCUUAAGGUUUUGAAUCAGGGAUAGAUGUGUGAAUUAUUGUACAAACAAGGAGUGCAGUGCUUCUGAAAAACAGAAAACAAAAGAUUAAAAGCUUAUCUAAUAACUAACCAAAUUAUAUAGACACACAUACAUAC